AUGAAGCCCUCGAUAGUCGAUGCCAAGCGGCGGGGCGAUCACCGCUUAAGCGCGAGCAUGCGGCCUACAACCUCUACACAUAGAUACUCUUCCGAUCGCCUGCCCGAGCGCUUCAAGGAUGGCGAUGAUGCUCAGGUUGACUAUACUGCUCCGCCACGGGGCAUGGGCUCUCGGGAUGGCAACGUUCACUACAUGCAGCAGUCGCUUUUUGGCAUGAUCGCCGCAGUCGGCUCUCGAUCCGACUUUCGUGGACGAUUCGAUGAUUCAAGUGAUAGCGAUGGCGAACCCAAUGAGACUUCACAAGAACUGCCAAGUUUGAAGCCUGCAAGCCGAACAGACUCGCCCGACCGACUCCAACCCGGCAAUAUUGCAGAAGCAAAGGCUCCAGAUGGGAGUCGAGGGCGGCAACAUCGAAGAACAACGUCUGAGAACAAACUAUUGCGGAAAGUUCCGGGUUUUGGGUCGAAAGAAACGACAGACGAUCCGUCCAACCUCAGUGCAUCGACCCUCACAAUCCAGCCAAGACGCACACGCAGUGCCACGCCGCGAGCCGCUCCAAUCCUCACCCGCAUGGUACAAGCACAGAGCCGUUUCAAUAACGGCAAUACAGCAGAAACCACACCCUCAAGGCCGGAAACCCCAAGUGAAGAUCGAGAAGAAUCUUCUGUGCCUGCGCUCUCCAUCCGACUGAUGGAAAUGUUUGGGUUUGAAAGACCGGAAAAGGUCCUAGUGGAGUAUGCUUGCUCCUUCCUGCAGAGCAUGCUUCUUCCGGGCUACAUGUAUGUCACAGAAGGACAUAUUUGUUUCUAUGCAUAUCUCCCAAAGAAGUCCAGCGAGCCUAGCAAGUCCGGUUAUGUUUCGAAGCGCGGCCGAAAGAACCCCAAGUACAAUCGUUAUUGGUUUGUCUUGAAGGGCGAUGUCUUUUCAUAUUAUGCAGAUCCCUCAAACCUUUACUUUCCAAGUGGCCAUGUGGAUCUGCGAUAUGGAAUAUCGGCUUCUCUGUUGGAGUCAAAGGCUGAUGGCACUGAUGCGAAGGACUUCCAGGUCACCACGGAUCAACGAACUUAUUACUUCCGAGCAGAUAGCGCUACCAGUGCCAAGGAGUGGGUAAAGGCGCUACAAAAAGUCAUCUUCCGAUCCCAUAACAAGGAAGAUAGCGUCAAGAUCUCAUUCCCAAUCGAGAACGUGAUUGAUCUAGAGGAAAGCCCAAUGGUUGAAUUUGCAGAGACCUUCAAGGUUCGGGUGAUUGAUAGCGCAGAAACAUUCGCGAUCGAUGAAGUAAGCCCGUGUGUUCCAUCUUUCUCUAAAUACUUGCUAACGUCUUCGCAGUAUUUUUUUUCUUUCUUCAAUUCGGGACAGGACGCUUUCAAUUACCUCAAAAGCUUGGUUACCUCGUCUCCUGCGAAGAAUAAGCAAGAAGAGUCCCCCAACAAAAGCGAUGGUAAAGAUCGACUAGUGUCGAGUACUUUCGACAUGGCGCAUUCACGGAGACGCAGUGUUAGUGUCGACAACGAUUUGAAGGGCUCUGCAGACUCAUUCGCCCAUUCUGCCGAUCAAGGGACAGAAUCAUCGCGUGUCGUACAAUCGCUAACGGAAACAACGGAGUCUGCAAGCCAGAUACUCAACCGAAGUGAUGUCUUUCAAUCUCCAACCAUGCAUUCUUUGCCGAGGCGCUCAUCUGAUGUGGGAGAUGUCGCCCGACGCCGGUCGGAUGAUACAGCUCGCUCUGCAACAGCUAGAUUGAACCAUGCCGCUCACCUAGCUGGAUCAAACCAACAGGACAGAAAUGACGAAAACUUUCCUUUCGCGUCGGGCUCUGAGAACCAGAAGAUGAUGCAUUCCCAAUACCGCUCGAAUGUACCUCUUAAUGAUCUUGUCAAAGCCGGCGCAUACCCGCUUCAGCGAGCUGCUGGAUUCGCAGAAUACUUGAAAAGUAGGUCUAAGCAGAUGAGUAGUCUGCUAGCAACAGAAUCAAUGGGUUACAUCGAAAAGGUUUCCGGAAUGUGGGCUGGUGGUCAAAGGCAUUAUGGCGAGACAGAAGAAGUGCUGCCCGAUGACAAGACUGCGGAUCCCGAAGACCAUGAAAGUGGCUUAAACCAUGGCGAUCGUUUCCGCGCGCACUUUGGUCUUCCUGCAACCGAGAGAUUACAAGCGACAUACUACGCAUACCUGCACCGGGUUCUCCCGCUCUACGGGAAGAUAUACCUCAGCGAAAGGAAGCUAUGCUUCCGCAGUCUGAUUCCUGGCACUCGAACCAAGAUGAUUCUCCCACUAAGAGACAUUGAGAAUGUCGAGAAAGAAAAGGGAUUCCGAUUUGGAUACCAUGGACUAGUCGUCAUUAUUCGCGGUCACGAGGAGCUCUUUUUUGAAUUCAAGAGCGCUGGCGCUAGAGACGACUGUGCCGUCACCUUGCAUCAAGAUCUCGAAUCGGUCAAAUUCCUCAUGGAAUCAGGUAUGCUAGCAGAAGAAGAACGUGAAGAGGUUGAAGCUGCGAAAGAUGAGCAUCGUCUUUUACAAGAAGCUAGACUUGAUGGCCCCGAAGAACACGAUUUCCGGCCAACGCUGAGCGGAGAUUCGUCCGAAGUGAACCCGUUCUUUGACGAUACUCGUGCUUCUAUUAUAAAUUUCAAGCCUGCCGAAUCACUCAAAAUCACCUGUCUCACUAUUGGAUCUCGAGGUGAUGUGCAGCCAUAUAUUGCCCUUUGCAAGGGGCUUCUUGCUGAAGGCCACAAGCCAAAGAUCGCCACCCACGCUGAAUUUGAGCCUUGGAUUCGGAAACACGGCAUUGACUUUGCUCCUGUAGAUGGAGACCCCGCCGAGCUGAUGAGAAUCUGCGUGGAGAAUGGCAUGUUUACCUACUCUUUCCUUCGGGAGGCCUCGGUCAAGUUCAGAGGGUGGAUUGAUGACCUUUUGUCAUCAUCUUGGGCGAGCUGCCAAGGCAGCGAUCUUCUGAUAGAGUCGCCCAGUGCUAUGGCUGGAAUUCACAUUGCAGAGGCUCUUCGAAUUCCCUACUUCCGAGGUUUCACUAUGCCAUGGACUAGGACUCGCGCCUACCCACAUGCUUUUGCAGUGCCAGAGAAUCGUAUGGGAGGGGCCUACAACUACAUCACAUACGUCAUGUUUGACACCAUUUUCUGGAAGGCGAUUGCAGGGCAGGUCAACAGAUGGCGAAACAAUGAAUUGGGGCUCAAAAGCACCAAUUUGGACAAGAUGCAACCGAACAAAGUUCCAUUCCUGUACAAUUAUUCGCCUUCCGUGGCUCCGACUGGACACCCCCCCCCUGAUCUGGCAAAUUUCAUCGCUCAAGCUCGUGCGGAUGGAAAAAAGAUCGUGUACAUUGGAUUUGGUUCUAUCGUGGUCUCGGAUCCGGCUGCAUUGACAAAAACAGUCAUACAGUCGGUUCAGAAGGCGGAUGUUCGAUGUAUUCUCUCCAAAGGAUGGUCGGAUCGCCUUGGAGAUCCCUCUAAUGUUAAAGCUGAGGUUCCUCUGCCACCAGAGAUUUUCCAGAUCCAAGCUGCACCCCACGACUGGCUCUUCUCAGAAAUCGAUGCGGCCGCCCACCAUGGAGGGGCCGGUACCACUGGUGCCAGUCUUCGAGCCGGUGUACCUACGAUCGUGAAACCAUUCUUUGGUGACCAGUUCUUCUUUGGAGGACGAGUCGAGGACUUGGGCGUUGGGAUCUGUAUGAAGAGACUCAACGUCAGCGUCUUCUCCCGAGCGCUCUGGGAAGCAACGCAUAGCGAAAGGAUGAUCGUCAAAGCACGAAAUAUGGGAAUUCAGAUUCGAAAUGAGGAUGGUGUGGCUACCGCAAUCCAAUCUCUCUACCGUGAUCUGGAGUAUGCUAAGACCCUCGCGAAACAACGCUCGAUCGCUUCAUCUACCCCUUUCUCACCGACCCCUUCCGCGAGGGCGGCACCGCAUCAUGAUGAUGACGAUGUUGAUGACAUUGAGGAAUGGACUUUCGUAUCUGACGUUGAGCAACUAACCCCCGGCAUCUUUAAAUGA